AUGUCUUUCCUACUGCACCUCUGCUGGUGUUUCGUUGUACUCAGUUGCUUAAUAUCUACUGUUGUUUGUCAUGAUGACUAUAGGGACUUCCGCCAAAGAUGUCUAGCCUUGAAGCCGACAAAGCACAUUCACAAUUCUACCUUGACGCGACAAGAGUUUAUUUCCGCUGGUACAACAUUGCAGCUCUCAGACAACGUCCCGACAUGCAACCGCGCCUCCCAGGCCGUCACAGUCGACCUCUGUCGAAUUGCCCUCCAAAUCCCUACCUCAAAGCGGUCAUCAAUCAGCUUCGAGCUUUGGCUGCCCAGUGAUUGGAAGGGAUCGAGAUAUCUGGCAACUGGCAAUGGUGGAAUUGAUGGAUGCAUCAAGUACGAGGAUCUUGCUUACGGCACGACUAAUGGCUUCGCCACCAUGGGUACCAACAACGGCCAUAAUGGUACCACGGGUAUUACGAUGCUGAACAAUCCCGACAUUAUCAAGGACUUCUCAUACAGAGCUCUGCACACUGGCACCCGUUCCGCCAAGAAGCUCAUAAAAGCUUUCUACGACAAAUCACCAGCUCAUAAUUACUAUAUUGGCUGCUCGCUGGGCGGUCGCAUGGGUAUCAAGGCCGCAGAGAAGUACCCGAAAGACUAUGACGGAAUUGUAGCGGGAUGCCCAGCUGUUGACUUCAAUAAUCUCCAAGGCCAGAGGGCAAUGUUCUACCCAAUCACAGGGUCUGCAGACUCACCCAACUACAUACCCAUUGAAACCUGGAAAGGCCUAAUCCAUGACGAAGUUCUCCGGCAGUGCGACAAGAUUGACGGCGUUGAGGAUGGAAUCAUCGAGGUACCAGACAAGUGUUUCUUCAACCCAAAGACUCUGCAAUGCGGCCCCAGACGUCCCAAAAACUGCUUAAACGCAGCUCAAAUCGCUCAACUGCAAAAGAUCUACGCUCCUUAUACUUAUCCCAACGGCAAGCUCAUCUUUCCUCGCAUGAACCCUGGCAAUGAACUCCAGGCCGUAUCCAAGCUCAUCGCCGGCACUCCCUUCAGCUAUUCUGAAGAUUGGUUCCGCUACGUUGUAUACAAUGACCCCAACUGGGAUGCCAGCACCUACAACACGAACGAUGUCCGAAAAGCGGAUGAGCUGAACCCUUCCGACAUACGAACCUACCCUGAAGAACUACCCAAGUUCAAGAAACGUGGUGGAAAGUUACUGAGCUAUCACGGUGGUCAGGAUAACCAAAUCACUCAGUUCAACACCCAGCGUUUCUGGAACCACAUGUACUCUGCCGAUAACAACCUGCAGGACUACUAUCGCUAUUUCCGUAUGUCAGGCAUGUUCCAUUGCAACUCUGGUCCGGGCGCCUGGGCUGUUGGUCAAGGCGGUGGUGCUCCUGCUGCGGGUAUUCCUUUUGACCCCCAGCAUAAUGUAUUGGCGGCCAUGGUGGCUUGGGUCGAGAAGGGCCAAGCGCCUGCGAGUUUAACGGGUACAAAGUUCAUUAACGACACUGUCAGUAACGGGGUUGACUUUCAGCGUCAGCAUUGUUUGUACCCCAAGACACAGACAUAUGUUGGCGGCAAUCCCAAAAAGACAUCCAGCUGGCGUUGUAGAUAG